AAACUAAAUUUAAUCUUAAAUUUCUUUUAUUUUUAUUUGUAUUUAUUUAUUUGUUACUAACAUUUUACUAGUUAUUAUUAUUAUUGUUAUUAUUUUUGUCUCUUUGUCAUAAUAGAAAGAAGAAAAAAGAGCCUUUGAUGGACCACUUUCACGCAUGCACGAUGCAGCAACCUUCACCAAAAUUACAAGCUAAAUGCCCUGCAAAACACUGCUUAACCUGCACAAUUGUUGUCCUCAUAACACUCCAAAUCUUGCACCAAACUAGCAACAUACAACCUGCAUCAAGAAAAAGCAUAAAAAAGGACUUAUCAAGUAUGUUCAAAAUCCAUCUAAUUUCCCCCCAAAAUUCAACUCAAUUCUCCUAUAAAAAGAUUGCUUCAGCACACACAAAGGGAGGAAGAAAAUAGCAUACAAAAGCUCUGCAGAAAACUUGUUUCAAUCUUCCUCCAAUUUGUCUCCAAAACCUUCAAUAAACUGUGUUCACAAACCUUCACAAAACUUUGCUACCAUAUUCAUUCACAACAAACCUUCACACCGAAACCGCAUGACCAUCCAAUACCUCUACAACAUUCCCAGCCAACAUACACUCUUCAAAACCUGCACAUAAGACCAUAUCUUCAACUUUCAUUACCAUCACCAUAAAUCAUCUAAACUGAAACAGAUACAAACUCACUUCAAACUUCAUUACUCACCUUCCAUCACAACAAAUUUCAUUCACCGAUACACCUUCAUCAUCGUAGCUGAACCAAACAAGCCUUUGAUCCGUAAACGUCAACAUUCGCAACAACUUUCAACCACAAUGAAAUAGAAGAACGGAGGCGGAAUAGAAGCUGAAUCGGACAAGGGAGAUUCAAAACUGUACCUGAGAAAUCCUGGAAGCUUCGUCGUUAGUUGUUAACCGUCAAGCUGGUUCCUCCACACGACUACGAGACUAGAGCCAACGUCAGACACAGAAUGGCAGACCAAGAGAAACACAACAUGGAAGUCCGAAUGGAGAUCGAUGAGCUGAAAUCAGGCGUGACUAAGCUUACUGAGAUGUUGCAAGUGUUGAUGGCUAGGACUGAUCCGCCUCAGAGGACCGUCAUCUCUGAAGUCUCCACUGUUGUCGUUGAUCCUUUACAAGUUCAGAGGCCACCUUCUUCUUGGCCAGAAUUUGGGUUACCUGAGAAUUUCUCUCCAACAUAUGUCAAUGCUUCUAUGGCUGGUCAAACUUCCAGACAGGUAUUUCAGGCUCUUGUUUUUUCUGAACCUCUACCUGUGGUUCACACUGCUGCUCAAGCUAUUCCAAUUCAUUAUGACAACCCUCUUUAUGAUUACCGUUCUAUUGGUCAUCGAAGUGUCAGUCAUGGAGAUUGUGGUGAAAUUGAAGAAGUCCGUGAGCAAUAUCAGACACUGGAAAAAAGGUUAAGAGCUAUGGAAGGCAAUGGUUUCUUUAGUGUGGAUGCUGAUAAUAUGUGCCUUGUUUCAAAUCUUGUCAUGCCUGCCAAAUUCAAAGUUCCUGAGUUUGAGAAGUAUAAGGGGCAUACUUGCCCAAGGAGUCAUUUGACCAUGUAUUACAGAAAGAUGGCUGCUUAUACCAACAACCAGAAUUUGCUUAUUCAUUGCUUUCAAGACAGUUUAAGUGGUGCUUCAUUGAAAUGGUACAUGGGUUUAGAAAAGGGCUGUGUUCAGAAUUUCCAAGAUUUAGCUGAUGCAUUCAUGAAACAGUACAAGUAUAACUUGGACAUGGCACCUGAUCGCCGUCAACUUCAGAACAUGGCUCAAAAAGAGAGAGAAUCUUUCAAGGAAUAUGCUCAACGCUGGAGAGAAUUGGCUUCCCAAGUUGAACCACCUCUAUCUGAAAAAGAGCUCACUAGCUUGUUCAUGGAUACCCUUUCUCCUUUCUUUUGGGAAAAGAUGAUUGGAAAUGUGUCUUCGAACUUCACUGAUUUGGUAACAAUUGGUCAGAGGCUAGAAGAAGGAAUCAAGAAAGGAAAAGUGUCUGUUGCUGCUGAUUCAUCAAAGAAACCUUAUGGGGGCUUUCAAAAGAAGAGAGAAGGUGAAACCAGUGCUGUCUCCCACGAGAAUAAAGGACCUCGUCAGAGAGAUCAACAUUAUGAUCAACCUCAAGUAGCUGCUGCUCAAAAUACUGGUCAGAAUCAGAAUCGUGCUGCAAGGCCUAGAACAGAGUUUGAUCCUAUUCCGAUGACUUACACUGAGUUGUAUCCCUACUUGGAUAAACUAGGUCUGAUUACUACAAGGUCUUUGACUCCUCCAAAUCCUCUUCCACCUAAUUUCAGAGCUGAUCUGCAUUGUGAGUUCCAUCAGGGAGCUGCUGGUCAUGAUUUAGAGCGCUGUUACGCACUGAAGGCUAGAGUGCAAGAUUUGGUCAGGGGAAAGGUGAUAGAUUUCCAAGCUAUAACUCCAAAUGUGAUCAACAAUCCUCUCCCAGUGCUUGACAAGUGAAGCUUCAAGCAAAGUCAGAUUCUCCUAAAGCCAAGUGUUUCAGAAAGGACAGCUCAUCCUUGUUACUGAUUAGUCACUAGGCCAUGUUUCUUUGUUGUUUACAUUUUCUUUCAAUUGUAAUGUCUGUUUAAAUUCAAACUUGUUUGUUUCUUACUGUUAAUUUUAAUGAAAUGAGCAUUGCAUGUUUUGAUUCAAUUCUUCUCCUUUAUUUCUUUAUUUCUUUCAAAAGUAUAUAUAUGUUUCUUUUAUUUGCUUGCUUAACCAUGUUGCUUAUGCAAAGAUUGGAGGGAGGAUGAUGAAAACAAUAUACCCACAAUUGUCGUUAGUGUGCUUUUGAAUAAAACCUUGCUGAUGAUGUACAGGCAUUGUUUCAACUCCCAAACACUGGAGAAAUAAGGAAGUUAAUCCCUUGUCAACCCCUCUGAGCCUUCGAAGUUGGAGUUUCUUUUUAAGCAAAAAAAACCCCGCAAUUUUAACCUAGGGAUGGUUAGAUUUCAGUUAUUCAUCUGUGCAUUCAAAAGUUUCAUUCAAGUUACCUUUCCAUAAGGCUGCAAUCACAAGCUUUCCUUCGCACGCAUCAUAGAAGUGUCGAAGAUGUCCUCAAAUCAAAGUGAUGAUGAUGGUUCUUCGAAAUUGUUAAGCAAGGCAGUCACUAUCUUUCAAAAAAAAUGUUUAUCGAAAAAAAAAGAAUUAAAGAAAAGCCCGCUAAGUCAAAACCUAUGAAGGAGACUUAGGCAAAAAAUAUAUAUUGGGGCAUCCCGCUGACUGUAAAUCUCAAAUAAGACAGUUCAGGCAAAAGUUAGGGAUAUCAAAAGAAAAAAGUCAAAAAAGAGAAAUCAAUAAAUCCUCAAAACAACAAAAUGUUGUAAAGAAGAAGUGACUGCCAUCUCAAAGUAUAUUUCUUGGCUUUCGAAUCAUCAUUGUCAUACAUGUGCUGCAAAUCCAAAGUCUCUUGAAACCUGAAUGCAUAGGUUGAAUUAACUAAACAUAGAAUGGAAGUUCAUCAUGAAGAAGGGGUGGGCAAUAAAUUUUGAGCCUUAUAUCCUUUGUUUCUCAAACCGUGAACCAGACCACGUUACAACCCUUAAAAGUCCUAAUUGAGGCCAGGUUUAUUUUGAAAGCAUACUACAACAAGGUUUUGUUUACCUGACUCCUAAAAGUUGUGCCAAUCAUUUGUCUUGAUUAUUUGAUUCACAUUUCUUUGUUGCUUUACAAUCCCAUUCCUAUUGAUUUCAAAAACUUUCAUGAACUUUGCAUUUAGAUUACCAGUUUUGAACAAACAUUUUUGCUUGUAAACAGCAUUUCCUCAUCAAGGAAUUUCAAACAGUUGAGAAACUUGGUCCGUGAUCUUAUCAGGGGCAUUUCAUUUCAAGGAUCCCAUUAAUUGGGAAUCAGUUCAAGGUUUAUCUCAGUGCAAGUUAUUAUCAAAUUUGGUUUAUCAUAUCUUUUUCAAGACUCAUGCUGGGGCAAGUGUUUCAAAGUGCACAUUAAAAUAGUCAUUUCCAGAUUUAUUCAAACUGAAGCCAUGAUCAGUUGCUUUACAUCAAUCAGUCAAGUUGGGGCAAUAUUUUCUUCAAGAGAAUUUCCAAGCAAUUUAUCAUUCCUUCUCAAAAGGAUCAUCAUUUCAGUACAAUUUGCAAGUGUGAUAGAAGAGCUUCUGGGCAGUGUUCCAUAUGUUGAGGAAUCAGAUAUCCCUUUCUGCCGCACAAAAGAGUCUCUCUUGGUUUUCGUACAAGUGCAUUGCAUUGCAUUUCAUAUCAUGCAUAAACAAAAUUCAAUAUCAUGCAUGCAGAUUCAUAUUCAUUUACAUUUUCACCUUAUGGUCAAAAUCCAACUUAAUUGGCAUCUAUCCUAUACAGUUUUAUCCCUUUGGUUUAUCUAUCUAUAUCUAUCUGAUGCUUUCCCGGAUGUGUCUUUGUUAUUAUGAUGUUUUCCCAGAACCCUUUUAUCUGAUAUUUUCCUGGGUAUGUCACUGAUCAUUCUAAUGCUUUUCUAGAAUGUUUAGAUUGUUCCCAUACAUUCAAUGCUCUUCUGAAUGUCAUGAAUGCUUGCUUCGGGAUCUGUGGUAUCAUUCAAUACUUUUCUAGAUGACUACUCAGGUUUUCCAUUUGGUUUCCACAUCCAAUGCCUUUCUGGAUGUCUCUAGCGUAUUCUCGGGUUAUCAGGUAUCCUUUGCGUUCAAUGCUUUUCUAAAUGUAUUUGGUUGUCUCCGUUAAUUCUAGAGUUUGGACAACUUAUCAUCCAAUGCUUUUCUGGAUGUGUGUUCCCAAAGUUCAUUCAACGCUCUUCUGAAUGUCUUUGACGAUCUUUUCCACGGUUUAUUCAAUGCUUUUCUGGAUAUCUCUGAGGUUUGUCUCUCGUACGUUCAAUGCUCUUCUGGAUGUGCUUGAACUUUUUCCCAAAGUUCAUUCAAUGCUCUUCUGAGUGUCUUUGAUGUUGUGUUCCAGAGUUUAUUCAACGCUUUUCUGAAUAUCUCUGAUGCUUGUCUCUCGUAUGUUCAAUGCUUUUCUGGACAUGCCUGAUUCUUUUCCGAAGUUUAUUCAAUGCUCUUCUGAAUGCCUUCGAUGAUCAUUCACGUUGCUUCCCAGAGUUUAUUCAAUGCUAUUCUGAAUAUCUCUGAUGAUUGUCACCUUUAUCUUCAUAUCUCUUUCAUCAAGUCUUUUACUCAUCCCAUCAACAGUUUGUCUCUCGUGGUGCUAUAUUCCCCACGAAGAUUCGAGUCUGUCUCAUACCGUGUCAUUCAAAACAAAAACAAAAAAAAUCAUAUAUUCAUAUCAUCCUUAAGGCAUCAUAGGCUAAAAAUCGGGUUUUGUUUGUAUUUAAGUAUCUCCUAUCUCCUGGUAGAAGAAACUUAAAUAGGGGCAGCUGUUGCACCCUGAUUUUUAUCCUACGAUUUUUAUGCCUUCGAUUUUCAUCCCAUUCAUCGCAUUUUAUUCGAUUAUACUUUAUGCUUACUAACCAUUAAUCCAAAAUUACAAAAAUAUGUCUUUCUUUUGUUAUUGUUAGACAAGGACGGAAUCGAGAAUAUCAAAAUUUGUGAAGUGAUUCGAAGCAGUUUGAUCUAAAAAUUGACGUUUCGAGCCCCAUUUCAAAUUUGAAGUUUAAAGUUUCUUUAUCCUCACUUAAAUUCAUAGUUUUAAUUCUAAAUAAAAAAAAUCUAUAAUUAACAUCAUCUUCUUUUAUUUCACAUUUUUUUUCUUUUCUAGUCAAAGUUUAUGGUCAUUAUAAUUUUAAUUUCUUUUCAUAUUAAUCUUGAUUAAGUUUUAAUUCGAUUUAUUUAAGUUGGGUUAUUAUUAAAACUAAAUUUAAUCUUAAAUUUCUUUUAUUUUUAUUUGUAUUUAUUUAUUUGUUACUAACAUUUUACUAGUUAUUAUUAUUAUUGUUAUUAUUUU